CCCGAGCCCCCUGUGCCACGUCCCAGCUGAGCCCCCACCCGGGUGCCACCAGGGCCCUCGGCCCCCUGACGCUGCCUGUGUCCCCUCGCAGCCAGUCUGUGGUGGAAGGCGAUGGUCCCGGUGCCCAACAGCACGGCGGUGGUGUGGGCCAGCGAGGCGGCACAGCCGGAGCCUGAGCGGUCACCCUGCAUGGUCGGCAUCUUCCCCAUCGUGUACUACAGCGUCCUACUGGGGUUGGGGCUGCCAGUGAACAUCCUGACCGCUGUGGCCCUGUCCCGCCUGGCCACGAGGACCAAGAAGUCAUCGUACUGGUACCUGCUGGCCCUGACCACCUCCGACAUGCUCACCCAGGUCUUCAUCAUCUUUGUGGGCUUCAUCCUGCAGACAGCCAUCCUGGCCCGGGCAGUGCCCAGUGCCUUCAUCCACACCGUCAACGUGCUGGAGUUCACGGCCAACCAUGCCUCCAUCUGGGUCACCGUCCUGCUGACCAUGGACCGCUACGUGGCCCUCUGCCACCCACUGCGGUACCGCACCGUCUCCUAUCCCCAGCGCACCCGCAAGAUCAUCGCAGCUAUCUUCGCCGUGGCUCUGGCCACGGGCAUCCCCUUCUACUGGUGGCUGGACGUGUGGCGUGACGCCGACCCCCCCACCGCCCUGGACAAGGUGCUCAAGUGGGUGCACUGUGUCACCAUCUACUUCUUGCCCUGCAGCAUCUUCCUGGCCACCAACUCCAUCAUCAUCUACAAGCUGAAGCGGCGGAGGCGCUCAGGGGGUGGCCGACCCCGCCUGAGCAAGACCACGGCCCUCCUCCUGGCCGUCACCACCGUCUUCGUCGUGCUCUGGGCUCCCCGGACCAUCGUCAUGAUCUGCCACCUCUAUGUGGCCUCGGUCAAGAGGGACUGGCGCAUGCACCUGGCUUUGGACAUUGCCAACAUGGUGGCCAUGCUCAACACCACCCUCAACUUCUUCCUCUACUGCUUUGUCAGCCAGACCUUCCGCCGCACGGUGGGCGAGGUGCUCCGGACCCACCUCCGGCACAGUCCCCGACCCGGCAGCGGCCGCUUUCUGCCCCCAGCCCUAAAACCGCUGGAGCUGCUGGCCGGCACGGCCCUCUGAGCCAGGGCUGCUGCCAGCCGGGGCAGCGCUCGGCCGGGGGUCCCGGUACUCACCCAGCCCCGUGCAUCGCACCGGGACCCGGCAAGACCCUGCCCCAGGGAUGCUGCCCCCGCGGCGCCCACCCUCCACGGAGCUGGGGGUUAACGCGGGUGCUGGUGGCAAGAGGAGGCGGUUGUGCCCAGCCGGCUGGUUGAGCUCGUUUGGGGCCAUCGGGCUGCCCUGCCUGGCAGCAGCACCCACCGCACCCCAGGGACCACUGCCCGCUCCCUGAGCCGCACCAGGAUGGGCAGCUCAGCCCCGCCUGUGCUCAGCCCCUCAGGACACGCAGCAUUUGGCCCCCCCAAGGAAAUUCAGCCAUGGGACAGCAAGGACGUGCCCCCAGCUCAGUGGCAGAAGCUGCUGCCUGCUCCACGCGUGCCCCCCCCCAGGCUGGGCUCCUCUCCAGCCCUGUGGCCAUGGGGUUCAUGGGGCUUCCACAGCCAGGGAGCGUGACCGUGCUCUCGACUGCUCUCCUGCAUCAGCUCCAGCCCGUGCUGAACCGACGCACCAAAGGUCCCGGG